AUGAAAUGUAAUAGGGAAAAGCUACAAAUUUUGGUUGAAACAGAAAAGGCUGCCAGUUUGGAUUUUGGACCAUCAUUGGAAGUUUAUAAAAGUGAAAUGCGAGACAUUACACAUUCCAUGAUGUCAAAAAUGGAGAUUCUUGAAAAAGCCAUAUAUGCACAAAAUGAAGAAUGGUCAGAUUUAAGAAAAAGAAUGGAAAAUAUAUCUAUAACUUCUUUAAAACAGUUGGAAGAUAAUGAGAAAAUAACUAAAAAAACAGUUGAAAAAAGUGAACAAGUGUUAAUGAAAUAUUCAGAAGCUGUAAAAGGGAAGGUUGACACUCUUGCGACUGAUGUUAAAAAGAUGCAAAAAUCCAUUUUAGAUACAACUACCAAAGUAGAUAUUAAUAAUGAUAGGGAAAAAAGAAAAAAUAACAUAAUAUUAUAUAAUUUAGAUGAGAAGGAAAAUAACCCCAGGGUAUGUGUUGGCAAACUGUUGAAAGAGAUUGCUGAUAUAGAUUCUGAGUCAGAAGUGGUUGAUAUAUCCAGGUUGGGUAGAAAAUCAGAGGAGGCCAAACCAAGACCAGUUUUAGUACAACUAGCAAGUAUAACUACCAAGAAUUUGUUGCUUGCAAACUGUUUUAAACUGAGAAACUCAACAUGUUUUAGUAAAGUUAUAAUAAAUCAUGAUCUAUCUAAGGAAGACAGAAUCAGUAAUAAAAAAAUUCUUGAAGAGAAAAAAAGUGAAAUUGCUGCUAAAGAAGAUAUCACAAAGUGGAUUUUCAGGUUAAAAGGCAAACCAGGAGACUUUCAUAGCUUGGAGAUUUCACCAGAUUUGAUAGUUUUGAAUGAAGUAAAUCCAAAAAACUUUAGAAAUUGUAGAGUUUUAUCUGAAAUAAACAUGAAUGUUGUUUCUGAGGUUGCCAUGAAAUCAGAUUUCAAAGAACAUAUUUCUGUUAAACUUGUGAUGUCCAAAAGUAUUUUAAAUAUUGUUUUUAUUUACAGAAGUCCAAAGUCUGAUGAAAAAAACAAUAAAAAUUUGUUAUCUUUGUUAAUUGAGGGUCUUUCAUUAAAUGGUGAUUUCCUAAUGUUGGGUGAUUUUAAUUUUCCUGAAAUUGAUUGGGAGACAUUUAGUUGCAGAGGAAGUGAUGAAAAAAUUGAAAAUGAAUUUUUGAGUAUUCUGAAAGAUAAAUUCUUAAUUCAACAUAUUAACUUUCCAACAAGAUUCAGAGAUGGACAGGCAGCANACAUCCUAGAUCUGGUAAUAUCAGCUAAAGAGUUGGUCUUCUUUAAAUCCGCCACUGAGAAACUAUUUAUUAAUAACAACAACAAACGAAUAAUGUUAAUAUCGCAGUGUGCACUUGCAGCCGAAAGUAGUAAUAUGAGUAUCCAGCAGAAGAAUGAUGUCAAACAGAAUAUUCCGCCAUCUACUUUAAUAAGCGAUUGCGACGACAUCAAGCAUGCCAAAAUGAUUUUCGUGAAACAUAACAGUGCGUGGCCAGAAGGCGUUCCAACCAAUCAGGCCACUGCAGUUUCAUUAAAUUUUCAUGAUGGAAUUGAACAACUUCCAUAA